GAAAAAUAGCCGAUCCAGAGCCCCAGUAAAUGACAUGAGAUCGAAGGAAAAGUGCGUUUUCGUUUUGCCUCUGUUUAUUGGAACAUGUAUGACGAUGAAUACUACACAAACCGCCACAUGUUUUCUGGAAAUAAUAAUUCACGUCCCAACCUACUCAAAGAAGCAGGUGGCGUUCAGUGGCGAGGCAGCCGAGGAUCGACCGUCAAUGGUAGCGCAACAGGAAAUGGCGGAAUCGGAGCCGGUUUCAGAGCCGAUCCAGAUCGCGGCUUCUACGAUCAGAACGUUGGCGCCGUUACUGAGUCGAACCAGUUGGAGAGGUCGCGCUCAACUGAGAAUGACCCUAUUCACCUCAAGAGACGGGUGGGACUCGUCAGUGGGGUGGCUUUAAUUGUUGGCACAAUGAUAGGUUCUGGAAUUUUCGUCUCUCCGUCGGGCCUGUUGGAACGAACAGGCUCAAUUGGAAUGAGUUUCGUCAUAUGGAUGUCAUGUGGGCUUUUAUCCUUAUUAGGUGCCCUUUCCUAUGCGGAACUAGGUACGAUGAAUACCUCAUCGGGAGCAGAAUACGCCUAUUUCAUGGACGCCUUUGGAGCACCGCCGGCAUUCUUAUUUUCCUGGGCCAGUACUCUCGUACUGAAACCGUCUCAGAUGGCCAUAAUUUGUCUCAGUUUCGGAAAAUACGCCGUUGAAGCUUUCGUUACCGAAUGCGAACCGCCGGAGAUUGUUGUCAAGAUGGUUGCUUUACUUGCCAUGGUUGUCAUCCUUUACGUGAACUGCUACAGCGUCAGUUUAGCUACAAGCGUCCAGAAUGUAUUCACUGCAGCCAAAUUGGUAGCGGUUCUGAUAGUGGUAAUCGGCGGUGCCUAUAAAAUGAUCGAGGGCAAUACGCAGCAUUUAAGGCAACCAUUCGCCAACACGAAAUAUUCCAUUGGUAAUAUUGCCACAGCAUUUUACACCGGACUAUGGGCCUACGACGGCUGGAACAAUUUAAACUAUGUCACUGAAGAAAUCAAAAAUCCAUCCAAAAAUUUACCGAGAAGCAUUGUAAUUGGAAUACCCUUAGUGACAAUUUGUUACGCCCUGAUUAAUAUUUCUUAUUUAACAGUGAUGUCGCCAAUGGAAAUGAUGACUAGUGAAGCUGUAGCUGUGGUAUUUGGUAACAGAUUAUUGGGUGUCAUGGCAUGGUUAAUGCCUUUAUCGGUAACAAUUUCCACAUUCGGUUCAGCGAAUGGUACCUUAUUCGCUGCUGGUAGAUUAUGUUUUGCUGCUAGCAGGGAAGGCCAUUUGCUCGACAUUUUGUCCUAUGUACAUGUUCGUAGAUAUACGCCAUCUCCUGGACUAGUUUUUCAUUCAAUUAUAGCAGGAGCAAUGGUUAUGUAUGGUACGAUAGAUUCACUGAUUGAUUUCUUCAGUUUUACCGCCUGGAUUUUUUACGGCGGUGCAAUGCUAGCUUUGAUUGUAAUGCGUCAUACCAAACCUAAUUAUCCUAGACCUUACAAGGUGCCAAUUAUAAUACCCUACUUAGUAUUGUUGAUCUCGUUCUACCUUAUCAUAGGACCUAUAGUUGAUAAACCUACCAUUGAGUACCUGUACGCUGCAUUGUUUAUUUUGGGAGGGAUGAUAUUUUAUAUUCCUUUCGUACAUUACAAGUACCGCAUACCAUUUAUGGAUGCCAUCACUGCAUUUCUACAAAUGUUGCUGGAAGUCGCCCCGACGACCAACAUGUUCGAUUAGCAACAGAAAUCUACUCUAUUUUGGAACAGAUAAAUAGUUUUUUACUAUUUUUUUAUAUUUUUUGUUAUUGACAGAAACAUAAAACACAACAUCCAGCCAACAAAUGUAAACGAAACAGACAGCGAUGAGGAACGUGAACAUAUCUAGGCCUUUUUAACUGUCUGAGCAAUAAUAAAAAGUUAAUCAGUGCAUUUAUAUAAUUAACUUUACAUUGAAUAUUUUUAUGAAGGAAAAUUUUUAAAUGUUUCUGUUGAAGCAAAUAAUGAAUUUUUAAAUUUGUUAUAUUUACCUAGAAUUGAAAUAUAAAGAAAAAAGAUUUUGUUUAA